AACAGCAUUCCAAUGCUCUGUAUCAGGAGAGCUCAUGAAGCGACUAACGAGUCCCACUGCAUAAGCAAUAUCCGGACGACUCCCAAUCAUAGCGUACAUGAGACUCCCAACUGCGUUAGAAUAAGAAAGUAAAAGACACAGGUGAUUUAGAGUUCCCAAGGCUGUUAACGAAGCACUUGGUACAUCUCGUGGAAACAGGAUACAAGUAGUACGUAAUCAAUACCCGUAUGAGACCCUCACCCAGCUCACACCUCUCGUAAGCUCACGUCUCUCACCAGAAAGCUAUCUCUAUGAACAAAGAGUACCAACACGAAGAAGAAGAUGAUCUCACACCCAAUCUCACGUGUUUCUCUCACCCGCUCAAGAACUUUCUAGAAUCUUAGUGAUUGAGAGACAAACUGAAGUAGCAGUGAGAAAGAAGCUUGAAGAUGUUACAAGUGAGUGUGAAAGGAAGAAAGAGGAGGCUAAGUUGGUUUUUGAGUCAAUCCAUGAGAAGUUGUGUGGGUUAGAGAAGGCAGAGAAAGGUUUUGAUGUCAAACAAAGAGUGGAGAUGGAGAGACUUAGCUCACUUGAGGAGGCUAUCAAGGUGAUAUAUGCUGAGUUGAAGAGAAAGGAGGAGAGGUUUGAGUUGAAACAGAAAGAAGAAGCUGACAGAUGGAGAGAGGAGACUGAACUGAAGAGAAAAGAUCUUGAGAUUAGGGAGAAGACACUAGAAGAAAGGAUGAAAGAGCUUCAACUGAAGCAGAUGGAGUUAGAAGAAAGAUCAAAGCAAAGUGCAGAGACUAGAAAGAGAUCCAACCAUGCGGUUGAGCAAGAUAAUGAUGCUGGUUCUCUUACUCCAGCUAAAAAACAUAAACCUGAGGAAGCAGAUUUGGGUUGUGCUUCAAAGGAUGGAGACAUUGGAGGCAUUGUCUGCAAAGAUCCUAAACCGUUAACUUGUCCUGAUACAAAGUUUAAUGGUUUUGGCAAGUCAAUGAGCUCUUUUGCUGUAGAUCAAGUAUGGGCUUUACAUGACCCUAGAGAUGACAUGCCAAGGAUUUAUGCUCAGAUCAGGAGAAUCUUUAGCUCUCAGUUUAGUCUGCAGGUGACAUUACUUGAACAUGUGGAAACUACAAAGGAAGAGAAAUCAAUUCUUUCCAGUGCUUGUGGGAGAUUUGAAUAUGGAGAUACAGAGAUCAGAAGCCACCUGUUGUUUGCUCAUGAGAUGGACAACAUCAAAUGUGACAAGAGUGUCAUAGUGAACCCAAGAAAGGGAGAAACAUGGGCUCUUUUCAAAGAUUGGGAUAUAAGCUGGAAGAGUCAAUCUGAUCUCCACGAGCCUCCUUAUAGGUACGACCUUGUGGAAAUUAUCACCGAGUUUGACGAUCAACAAGGCAUUUCAGUGGCAUAUAUGGGGAGAGUUGAAGGAUUUGAGUCGGUUUUAAACCGUGUUGAGCAGCAUGGACUCAUCAAGAUCAUCUGUCCGGGGGAAAUGCAGAGGUUUUCUCAUAAAGUUUCACCUGGUUCUUUCAAGCUAGACCCUGCUGCUGCACAAGGCUAUGAUCCUGUUCUUGAGGAGGUGGUGGACACGAGGAUACAAAGUAAGGAAUGUGACAAAGCUCCAACGGCUGAAACUCAAGAAGGGUCUACAAAAAAUCAGCCCAUCAUAUUAGAAUGAGGGAACCAAGUCUAGUAUAUAUAUGUAGAGUGCCACUGGUGAUGGCUUUUGAUGUUACAUGACGUAGUGAAUCUGUAACCUUUUGGCUCUAGUUAUGUUUUCUCUUUAAACCGUUCUGUUUCUUGAACUGAACCAACUUCUUUUGUUAAAAAAUGAAAGAGAAUGCUUCUUUAUGAUUGAUCAAAAAAAAAAAAAAACAAGCUUCUUUAUGUCUUCAUGGUGGGAUUCACUCACUAGCUUUUGUUUCUUCUCUUCUCCUCCCCUAUGAAAGUAUCUCCAUUGUUAAGAAAAAAAACUUAUAUAAUGUGACGCAAUCACUUUUAUUACAAGACUAAAAAUCCCAUUAUGUGAAAAAAGAAGAGUGAAAAUAAAUAACUAUUUGUU